AAUAAUGGCGUCCUCCACGACGGGAGACGGCGUGAGUGAAGCACAAACAGGGAAAAAAUCGAAAAAGACUAAAAACCAAGUGGAUGAAUCUGAUCUCCUGACUGUUCCCGAUGGAUGGAAGGAGCCGGGGUUCACCAGAGACGACAACCCCCGUGGUCUCCUGGAGGAGAGCAGCUUCGCCACCCUCUUCCCCAAGUACAGAGAAGCCUACCUGAAAGAGUGCUGGCCGCUAGUGGAGAAGGCUUGUGGAGAGGCAAACAUAAAAGCCUCUCUGGACCUGAUAGAGGGCAGCAUUACGGUCUGCACCACUAAGAAAACCUUUGACCCGUACGCCAUCGUCAGAGCCAGAGAUCUCAUCAAGCUGCUGGCCAGGAGUGUCCCAUUUGAACAGGCUGUGCGGAUAUUACAGGAUGACAUGGCGUGUGACAUCAUCAAAAUCGGGACCCUGGUUAGGAACAGAGAGCGAUUUGUGAAGAGAAGACAGCGGCUGAUCGGCCCCAAGGGCUCCACCCUAAAGGCGUUAGAGCUGUUAACCAACUGCUAUGUGAUGGUGCAGGGCAACACGGUGUCGGCCCUGGGGCCCUACAACGGCCUGAAGGAGGUACGCAAAGUGGUGAUGGACACAAUGAAGAACAUCCACCCCAUCUACAACAUUAAGACGCUGAUGAUCAAACGGGAGCUGUCCAAAGACCCCGACCUGCGGGUGCAGAGCUGGGAACGCUUCCUGCCCAAGUUCCGCCACAAGAACCUGGCCAAGCGCAAAGAGCCCAAGAAGAAGAGCGUGAAGAAGGAGUACACGCCGUUCCCGCCAGCACAGCCAGAGAGCAAGGUUGACAAAGAGCUGGCCACAGGAGAAUUCUUCCUGCGUGAAAGUGUGAAAAGGAGGAAGAAGAUGGAGGAGAUUAAGGUCAAACAAGGAGAGGCUCUGACCAAGAAGCAGGAAGAGCGGAACAAAGCUUUCAUUCCUCCUAAAGAGAAGCCUUUGAUGAAGAAGACCAGUAAAGCUCCUGCAGACGGAAAGCUGGACAUCAACGCCAUCAAGGACAAAGUGAGAAAAGCCAAAACCAAGAAACUGGGGGCUCCACCAGUGAACCCAGCUCCUCCCACCAGCACCACAGACAAGAAGAAGAAGAACAAAACCAAAGGCUAACCACAGACUGACGCCUCCGCUGUUGUAAUGUGACAGUAAAGACUCUGUAAGCGCGCGGGAAGACGGGACGUCGGACUGUGGAUCAAAACCAAUUCCAAUACAAGCUGCCCCGGAUGUUUUUAUUGAACUACU